UUUGCAGGUAGGUUGGGUGAAGGAGCUUAUUUGCAUGCUGGCUUCAGAGAGAGUUGCACUCUCACACGGACACAUAUUCUGAAAGGUGCCACGCUGGUUGUAAGAGGGUAUCCCUUGGGAGCCAGUGAAGAGCCCAGUUACUUAGGGGGGACAGACCACAUACAGCCGCCAAGAUGUGCGACAUGGGGGGACUGGAUAACCUGGUGGCAAACACGGCCUACCUAAAAGCCCAGGGUGGUGAUGACAAGGAGAUGAAAAGGCGGCGUCGCAGCUUGUCUCUCCCCAAGCCUGAGCAAUGUGCAACCGUACGGGCUUCCCUUGAGAAGGACUUUUCAUCUCUUUGUGAAAGGCAGCCGAUUGGGAAAACGUUUUUCCGUGAGUUCCUGUCAAGUACCCCCGCGUUCAAGCUCGCUGCUGAGUUCCUGGACGAGCUGAAUGACUGGGACCUGGCCGAAGGCACAGUGAAAGACAAGGCGCGCCAAAACAUCAUCAACAAGUAUUGCAAAGCUGAUUCCAAAUCCUUUCUUUCGUUUCUUGCCGGGGAGCCUGCUGACAAAUGCAAGUCUGUGACAGAUGCCAACUUUGACGAGGUGAUUAAAGGCAAAGUCCAGGAAGGUGUAAGGGAAUAUCUGAAGGGGAAACCCUUCACAGAUUACCAAGCACACCCGUUAUUUGAUAAAUUCCUCCAGUGGAAAGAGUAUGAGAAACAGCCCAUCAGCGACAAAUACUUCUAUGAGUUCAGGACUCUGGGAAAAGGAGGCUUCGGAGAGGUAUGUGCGGUACAGGUGAAGCACACAGGGCAGAUGUACGCCUGUAAGAAGUUGUGUAAAAAGCGGCUGAAGAAGAAGGGUGGUGAGAAGAUGGCCCUGCUAGAGAAGAAGAUCUUGGAGAAGGUUAACAGCCUGUUUCUGGUCAACUUGGCCUACGCGUACGACACCAAGACCCACCUGUGCCUUGUCAUGACCCUGAUGAAUGGAGGAGACCUCAAGUACCACAUUUACAACAUAGGCUACGAUGGCAAGGGUGCUGACAAGGGCAUCGAGAUGAAGCGCAUCAUCCACUACACGGCGCAGAUCACCACCGGCAUCCUGCAUCUGCACGCCAUGGACAUCGUAUACCGCGACAUGAAGCCGGAGAACGUGUUGCUGGACAGCCUGGGCCAGUGCCGACUCUCAGAUCUGGGUCUGGCCAUAGAGAUUGCUGCGGGGAAGACUGUCACCCAGAUGGCUGGCACUGGAGCAUACAUGGCCCCUGAGCUGCUGAGCAAAACUCCGUACAGGACGUCGGUGGACUGGUGGGCCCUGGGCUGCAGUAUCUAUGAGAUGGUGGCCGGUUACACACCAUUCAAGGGCGCAGAUGCCAAGAAGGAGAAGGUGGAGAAAGAAGAGGUGCAGCGUCGCAUUCUCAACGAAGAGCCCAAGUGGGAGCACAAGUGCUUCGAUCCCGUCACCAAGGACAUCAUCCAGUUGUUCCUGAAGAAGAAAAUAGAGGAGCGCCUGGGCAUGAAGAACAACAUGGAGGAUCCCAGGAAGCACGGCUGGUUCAAGACCAUCAACUUCCCUCGCCUGGAGGCCGGGCUGGUGGACCCUCCUUGGGUGCCCAAGCCCAACGUCGUCUACGCCAAGGACACCGACGACAUUGCUGAGUUCUCCGAGAUCAAGGGCAUCGAGUUUGACGCCAAAGAUGAUAAAUUCUUCAAGGAGUUUGGUACCGGCGCUGUGCCCAUUCCGUGGCAACAGGAAAUGAUUGACACUGGACUAUUUACAGAGCUCAAUGAUCCCAACAGGAAAGAGGGCGGAGGAGAUGCUGAUGACGAGAAGAAGUCCGGCACCUGUAUAUUGCUGUGAGCAGCCACAGUGUUUGAUAGCACCUACCAGUAACAACACUCAUUGAUUUGGUUCUUUUCUCAGUAAGAUGCACACUAAUAACGAUGUAAAAAGAUGGACCAUGGUUCAUGAAACAGGCGAGCAUGAGCGUCUUUGUUGAGAAAAAUGUAGUGUUUUCAGGGCAAAGUCUGGUAAAACAUGAAAAAUGUGAUGAUGUAUUUUGAGCAUCAACUCUCUGCUUCACAGCGUCUCUUGCAGAUCUAAUGAUGUAGACUUGCGACAGCUUUGACCAUUAAUAACUAGGAGUAAUUUUACAACCUAAUAACAAAGGAUACUAGUGAUAGAAGAGUAAGUUAAAGGCCUGUGUGCCAGAAAUGCUAUAGUAAUUUAUGAAGACACUGUCCAAAUCCAAACUCACAAAAUAAGCGAUGCUUAAACCUUAAACCAAUUGGAACAAACACACGUCACGCUCACCACGAAGCUGUUCAGUUUGAGCAUCUUCUGGUGGACUGUAAAGGUUACGGAAUCUUCCUCCCUCUCAUGCCCUUUAUUGAUGCCAUCACAAGGCCCCACUGUCUCUACAAGUGCUUUUUAACCAUAUAUGGCAGAAAUAGUUGUAGUGUUCAAUGUUACAUGGUGUGAUGCUAAACCUCAUGAUUAAGGCAGAUCACCGCAUCUGCAUCCAGCUGGUUUUCCCUCUUCUCCACAUUUUAGUUUUAUAAAAAUGUCCUAAAAAAAAAAACAAGCCACCCCAACCUGCAUGUGUUUGUAUUGUAUAUAAAGAAAUAUAUUUAUCUAUGCAGAGAUAUGAAGAAAAAAGAGAUGUAAGAAUUCAAUUUAGGGAAGAAACGAAGAACACCGAACACCCAGCUUCACUGAGUCUCUCUACUCCUGGUGCUACGAGGCUCAACCUCGGGGGGAAAUGGAUACUCUACAGCCCCGGGAUGGCAGGAGAGAGAUGAGUGCAGCAACAGCAGUUCACUGCUGCAUAUGGAAGAGGAAGAUAUAGAAGAGUUGGGCAGGAAAUUCCUGUGCCAGGAACGUGCAGGUUGCCCUGUUCACGGCCCUGAAACACUGUGAUACUUUCAGGUCUCUUUUUUCUUAGUUUGAGAUGUGUGUGAAGAACUCAAACUAGCCAGAUCCUGAAAAAAAAAGAAAAGAAAAAAAGAUUCCGUUGUCGGUCGUUAAAGGUAAAAUGUAGAGACUUGGGUUAGCUCAAAAGAAUAAAAUCCUUUUAAUUCUU